GCCGUCGUUGCUAUCCAUGGGAAUUUUUCGAGAAAGUCGAGACAAAGCGCGAACCAUCAAUACUUCGUCAUCUCCUCGCGCACGCGCGACCUCUCUUCGCCGCCAUGGAGCCAUCCCAAGACUUCAAGUCGCUCCAAGAGAGCGUGCAGAAGGCGCUUGUCUCUACCGUCAAGACCGUCAAUCGCAUCGCUGCCGAGGACCUCAGCUUCCAGCGCACCGUCAACCCCGAAGUUGGCCAGCAACUCGAGGACAGGUCGGCGCGAAUCCUGGAACUCUCUACCCGACUGCUCCAGUCCGCUGGUAGGGCCUGUAACAUCAAGGCGCCUAAGAUAGAGGAUGCAGAGGAUAUCGAGAUGAACUGGCGGGGUGUCGUCGACGUCGUUGACUCCGUCCUCGAAAAGGCCGACACGGCCAUGGACGAGUACACAGGGCUGGUCAAGAGAAAGGAGCCUCCCGCGGCAGACUCUGCAACAAAAUCCAAGAAGGCCAAGUCAACAGCCAAGGUUAUCCGAAAUGCCAACAUCUCCAAACCGCAAAUCCUGUUCGAGCGAUCGCCCGACAACUUCCCUACCUCCCCGUGGAAGCCAAUCCUCACAUCGAAGCCACAUGCCAAGGAGUCUCUCGAAGAGAGCCUUGUCACGGUUCCCAACGAGACCGGCACGCUGCAAUACCGACAUCCUUACGAGACCGAAAUUUCGCGCAUGGAGUAUCCAAAGCCAGUCUACGAAACAGCCGAGCCUGUCAUGUAUCAGCCAGUGGAAACAACACAAGCAACCUGGGUCGACACAUACGAAGGCGUACUCGAAAUGUUGGAGGAACUCAAGAAGGCAAAGGAGAUCGCCGUGGAUUUGGAGCACCACGACUACCGAACCUAUGUUGGCCUUGUCUCCCUCAUGCAGGUCAGCACGCGCGACAAGGACUGGAUUGUCGAUACAUUGCAGCCUUGGCGACACAAGCUCGAGGUACUGAACGAGGUCUUCGCCGACCCUGGUAUUGUCAAGGUAUUCCAUGGCGCAUACAUGGACAUGGUUUGGCUGCAGCGAGACCUCGGCCUUUAUGUUAAUGGACUGUUCGACACCUUCUUCGCCUGCGAGUUGCUCUACUCUGGGAGAAGUCUGGCAUUCCUACUAUCCAAGUUUGUCGAUUUCGACGCAGACAAGCAAUAUCAACUUGCAGACUGGAGAAUCCGACCUAUUCCUGAGGAAAUGCUGUAUUACGCUCGUUCCGAUACGCACUAUCUUCUCUACAUCUAUGACCGAGUACGAAACGAUCUCGUAGCUGUGUCGGAUUCGACCAGCACAGAAAAGAACUACAUCGAGCGUGCCCUUCAACGAUCAAAAGAGCUCUCGCUGUCUCGCCACGAACACCCAGGCUACAAUGAAGAAACUGGAGAAGGUUCUCGGGGUUGGUACGGCUAUGUCUUCAAGAACUCCCACUUGGCCUUUGACCGCGAGCAGUUCGCUGUUUUUAAGGCCCUCUGGAAGUGGCGAGAUGACACUGCGAGAAAGGAGGAUGAGAGCCCCAACUAUGUCCUCUCUACACACAGCAUUGCCGACAUUGCACGCAUCAACCCACCAGACGCCAAGGCACUCCACAGUCUCCUACCGUUGAGUGCACCCCUGGCGAGGCCACGGUUCAGCCAGAUCUGGGAACAGGUCAAGGAGGCGAAGGCUCAAGGAGGGCCCAGCUUGCUUCACUUCUUUACAUCUAUGGCGCCAGAUUCAGUACGAAAAAACGGCCGGCCGAGAGUGGCUAAACAAACUACCAAGUUGCCAGACCUUGAUGGGGAGGUCACGGUCAGCAGACUGACCCGGUCACAGUUAUUUGGGGAUAUGCCGAUCAGCACUCGCUGGGAGGAGACCCGACCCGUUUCCGACAAUCAAGAGGACACUAUUCCCUUUCCUUGGCAGCGAUUCGUCCAGCAGGGCCAGGCUGAGGGCGACGCUCAAUACGAUGAACCAACCGAGGAGAAUGCCGCCGCCGAGGCACAGCCCGUGGCGGUGGAGGCUCUGGUUGGCAACGGUGAAGAUCAGGAAGCUCUGGAUGGGGAAUUUACGUUGAAGAGGGGACAGAAGCGAAAGUCAGAAGCUGUAGAGGACUCCAGCUCAAGCGACGAAGAGACCCCGGAGGAGAGCGACGAAGAUAUGCAAGAGGACAACGGUGUAAUUUCCAUUGUAGAUCAGCCUCGGAAAAAGAGCAAGAAGGAGCGCCGGAGGGAACGCAAGGCUCAGGACGAGGGAGUCGACGAAGAACUAGUCAAGCGGCAAGAAGCCAAGAAGGCACGCAAGACAAGACAACAGGAGAAGAAGGUCAAGCGACAGGAGGAAAAGCAGAAGAAGUACGAUGCGGUGCCGUUCGACUACAGCAAAGCCAGCUCGGUGAUGCACGCGAAACGGGAGCCCGGCGAGGCGGAAGCAAAGGGGAGGAGGAAGGUGUUCGACCCAUACUCCAAGUCUGCGGAUGCCGCGGUCAAGGGCGCGCGAAAGGCGCCGCCGGUCAGGGGAGAACGCAGCGCAACGUUCCGGAAGUGAGAUGGUACCGGGUAGCUCCGGCGGUAGCACGAGGAGUCUUGCAUUGUCAAUCAAAUAUGAAUCGACACCCUGGUUCUGGUCCAUUGUGAAAUAUUACAGUCUUGGUCAACAUCCUAUCGAGUAGACCAAAGUGGCGGAAGGGAUAAUAUUUAGUAGCAACACAACACACAAUCACGUAUCGUACCCAAUAACUACAAGCAAG